CUCGCCGUGAGCGUCGCGCAGUUCGAGCGCCAGCGCGCGCGCGCGCGGCUCGCGGAGGAGGGCGGACGACUGGGCGUCGUGAGCGUGCAACGCGCGGGCGGGUCGUUUCAAGAGGUGUGGGAGGACGGUCGAGCGUUCGCGGAGCUGAACGCGCGCGCGGUGUCGCUGACGCACGCGAAAGAGGCCGCGGAGCAGCAGCGGAAGCUCGUGAAGCGACGGCUGCCGCUGCCGGGGGUCACGGAGGCGAGCGCGGACCCGGCGGCGGCGCAGGCGGCGCAGGCGGCGCAGGCGGAGUACGUGCUCUCCGAGGAAGCGCACAAGGUGCGCGUGGGUGGGAUCAAGCGCGAGGAAGACGCGAUCGCGCGCGAGCGCGAGGCGCUGGAGCGAGAGAAGAACGCGCACAUACGCGAGCUGAAGCGGGCGAGGGACGAGGACAGCUCGCGGUUCAACCAGCACCCGCUGCUCGGCGGUCGGUACGUUCUCAUGAACAUGCUCGGGAGAGGCGGGUUCAGCGAGGUGUACAAGGCGUACGACGUCGCGGAGAUGCGCGAGGUGGCGUGUAAGGUGCAUCAGCUGUCGCAGCACUGGAGCGAGGCGCGGAAGAGCACGUACGUCCGGCACGCGACCAGGGAGUGUUCGAUACACAAGCGCUUGGAUCACUCCUCGGUGGUGAAGCACGUGGACGUGUUCGAGGUUGAUCAAAACUCGUUCUGCACCGUGUUGGAACUGUGCACCGGGGACGACUUGGACGCGCGUCUGAAAGCGCACGGGCCGAUCGCGGAGCGGGAGGCGCGGAUCAUCCUCGCGCAGGUGUUCGCGGGGUUAAACUACCUCGCCGGAGGCGCUCGGCCGGUCAUUCACUACGACUUGAAACCCGGGAACAUCCUCUUCGACGCCGCCGGGAGGGUGAAGAUAACCGACUUCGGUCUGUCGAAAGAGAUGGACGGCGGCGGGGCCCUCGGCGGCGGGAUCGGCGACAGCGGCAUGGAGCUCACGUCCCAGGGCGCGGGGACGUACUGGUACCUGCCCCCGGAGUGUUUCGAGACGGGCCCGGCGCCGCCGAAGAUCUCGUCAAAGGUGGACACGUGGUCGUGCGGCGUGAUUCUGUACCAGAUGCUGUACGACAGGAAGCCGUUCGGGCACGAUCAGUCCCAGGAGCAGAUCUUACACGCGGGGACCAUCUUGAACGCGCAGCAGGUGGAGUUCCCGGCGACGCCCAAGGUGAGCGCGGAGUGCAAAGAGUUCAUCAAGCGUUGCCUCGCGAGGAAACAGGCGGACCGUCCGGACGUGAGCACCGCGGCGGCGGACCCGUACAUGACGUACGCGAAG